AUGAAUCACAUCUUGAAGAUAGGGAUUGAACAGUGUGAGGAUGGCAAACGCGGCUGUUCCGCCAGAUCACCCACACCAGCUGCAAUUGUGACGAAGCAGUGCAACCUAGGCGAAAGCGAUAUCGACAAUGCCAGAGCCGGCAAGAAACGGAGAAUUACCCUACCUAUGAGCCCGACAACCUUGGUUCCACCACCGAAUAAGCCGUUUCGGUUUCUCGAUCUUCCAGGAGAAAUUCGCAACCGCAUCUAUCACUACACAACUCUGCACCGUCGCCAAGCCCUCCUGGUCCACCUCCCCCGUCGCGCCACUCUUCGUCGUCGCCAAAAGCCUCGUCCUAGCAGCCGUUCUUGGGUCGGCCUAACCCAAGUCUGCUCCCAAAUCCGCCACGAAUACCGCCCUAUCUACCUCCUUAGCCAAGAAGUCGGACUCGACUUGACCAACACGCAAGAAUACCUGGACACAUUCUACCACGCCAGUCUUGGUCUCCCCGAAGACCGUGUCGGCAAUGUGACGAUCGCAGUCGGGGACGUGGUGCAAGAAGCAGAGAAAGUUGAGAAGGGGAUUAAUAUCCGGCCGCUGCUGGAUAUGUGGGCAAAUUCGCACCGCAUCGAGGCUGGGUUUGGAAGGUACAUGCGGGUGAGCUACGUCCCAGAGGUGGAUGGUGAGGCGAAGGAUUUGUAUCGGUUGUUCGGACGCCAAGUCUUGGAGAAUCGGAAGUGCUCGGUUAUGAAUAGAAUGUGGCGGAAGGUGCUGAGGGAGGGACAGUUGGCUGCAGUGAGGAUUCAUAGAAAGCCGAAGGAUGGUACGGACCCAUUUUUGCACAUCCUGUUCAAGCCGGAGUUCGGCCCAGAGUGGAUGAGAGGGGAUGGCAGAGGGGUACCGGAGAGCUGGUUAGAGCAGUUUGGGUUCGACCAAAUGGAGCACUUUGACGUCAAGGUUGGGGUGCUUCCUGUUGCUAGUUGA